AUCUUACACUAUAUGGCCAAAAGUUUGUGCACCCCCGACCAUCACACUCAUAUGUGCUUGUUGAACAUUUCAUUAUUUGCUGUUAUAAUGAGCUCCACUCUUCUGCGAAGUCUUUCCACUAGAUGUUGGAGCGUGGCUGUGGGGAUUUGUGUUCAUUCAGUUCAGCUACACGAGCAUUAGUGAGGUCAGGUGCUGAUGUUGGGUAAGGAGUCUCCAGUUCCAGUUCAUCCCGAAGGUGUUCAGUGGGGUUGAGUAAGUUCAGGGCUCUGUGCAGGACACUCGAGUUCUUCCACUCCAACCUUCACACACCAUGUCUUCAUGGAGCUCGCUUUGUGCACAGGGGCAUUGUCAUGCUGGAACAGAGUUUGAGCCUCUUAGUUCCAGUGAAGAGAAACUGUAAAGCUACAGCACACAGAGACUUUGUGGUAACAGUUUGGAGAAGAAGCACAUGGGUGUGAUGGUCAGGGGUGCACAUACUUUUGCCCUUAUAGUGUAUUUAUACGCACUUUACAAAGUUAGCAUAAAGCUGUAGUGAACAAAGUUCAAAGGCAAACACAGAGACGAGAAUAUACGAAGUCACGUCAUCUGUUAAACGGCGCUAACGUCAUUGUCGCCAUUUUCUCUUUUAUAUUCGUCUAAUGCAAUGACGUCACUCCUGAUCUGUUCAUCCCAACAUCUGGAAGAGAAAGAAAGACAAAAUACAUCCAGAGCAACAUUAGAAUAUCGGUAGUAAAAUAUUUUCCAUUCAACAUGCUGACGCUUGACGUCAUUCUGCACCUUUCUUCAGACUUCAGAAAGUCCACUGUGAUUUUAAAAGCGACAGCAUUCCGGCCGCCUUCCUCUCUCUCUCUCUCUGUGUGUGUGUGUGUGUGUGUGUGUGUGUGUGUGUGUGUGUGAGAGAGAGAGAGUGUGUGUGUGAGAGAAAGCAGCAUAAUGGAUAUCGUAGUGCCAGUAAAGCUCCUCUUAUUAAACACUGAACUAUAAAUACAAUGAAGGAACUUUAACGGCGUAAAGUCUGCGAAUAACGAGGAAAGUGUUUAACCUCCGUCCAGAUGAAAAACCUGAUCUGUUCAGAAGCUUGUAUAAAGUUCAUUAAAACUUAAAAAGCUUUUGGGAUGCUGUUAACUGAUUGGUUGAUAAAGUCAUUAAAAUACAAUAUAACCUAAAUUCAGAAUAUUCAUCAUUAAUCUCAGUUCAGCGUUUCAGGCGCUAGGAUUAGAAACAUCUCCGUCUCUGAUUGGUGGUUCGGGUUUGGAGUAAAAUUAUGAGUAAAAUUAUUUUAAAAAUAAAUAAAAUUAUUGUCUUAUAUGAUUGUACGUAAAUGCUAAUGUAACACUGAUUUUUUCUUUUUUUUCUUUUUUUUUUUUUUUUUUUUUUUGGGAACCAGAAAAAGUAACACACUUGACCCACAGGAGAUCAUUCAUUAAAUUUGACUACAACAUUGAAAAAGUGAUGAAUCAGGAAAAUAAUAAAAGAAAAUAAAUAAUCGCUCAAGUGUUUGAAAGUGUUUAAAAGUCUUUGGUUAUGGUUUUGUUUCUACACAGUGAUGAAAUCAGUGUGAUUGGGGUGAAACUCGUCUCCGAUAAGUUCAUGAUCGUACAGUUUUCUCAUUUUUGUUUCAUUAAUGCAGCUGUGCUGAUGAUGUUGAAAUCGUCUGAACUGGUUUAAAGUUUGUGCACAUAUCUUUUACACUCACACACACUUACACCUCCUCUUUUAUUUUUCUGUUCAGUUUUGUUUUUCCAUAAUAAUCAUGCACUAAUGCUGCGUUCACAUGUUCGCGGAUAAUUCAGUUUUUUUCUAACGAUGAGCCGAUCCCUGAAUCCUUCAAUCCUUCACUCAGAAGUUUCAUUUUGUAAGUUUUAUUUCAUACCAGAUGUUUUUUUUUCUACUCCUGAAACAUCUAACAUCUCAAAAAUGACCAAAAUGACCAAAAUAUCAUACAACAAUAUUACAAGAUAUUUCUACAAUACAUGAUGUGUACAGCCACGUGGAAAUCUGAAUUUAACCAUCAUGUUAUUUAGCAUGCUAAAAUCAUUUUAGCAUUUUACAAUUUUAAUGAUUCACUACAAAAAGUUUAACAUCUGACCAUCUGCUUCCAGUUAGAGCUUGUAAUUUUUAUAAAAAUGACAAAUACCGGCGAUAUCUCAAAAAAAAAAAAAAGUAUUGCGAUAUCGGUGAUCAUGAUAUUACGAUAUCUCAUCGUAUUGCCCGGCUCUAGAGUGUACUAUAGAACAAGCGCUUUAAAGAACUUAAAUACCUGAUUAAAAGAAAAAUAAAGCAUGAACUGAUAUUUUAUUUUCUAAAUGUAUGUUAAUAUAUCGAGUGCUUUUUUAGCACGUGUCUAAAAUAAAGCUCUAUUUCACCCAAAUGAUGAUGAUUAAUGUGAUUUUUUUUAAAAAUCGCUAACGUGUGAACGCAGCAUUACGGAUGUCAGGAAGUCCAUUUCCGACUCAAAGUGUUCGUUCAACGCCCUGACGAUGUUUUGUAAAUAUUUCUCUUCGGUCUAACAAGCAAAGCUAAUGGCUUAUUUAAAAUUGUCUUUAUAUACA